AUGGAUACAGGUAGGAGAGCUGGAAUCUUGGUUGAGGCACAUUUCACCAAGCGUGAAGUUAGACCUUAUCCAGCCAAUUCUACCUUGCCAAAUCGAGCGCCGAGUACAUCAGCAUCUGUACCAACCCGAUCGUGGAAUAUCUUGACAUCAGCAUCUGUGCCAACCCAAUCAUGGAACACGUUGGCACCAGCAACCAGAAGGACGGCCCUGGGUACUGCACCAAAUCUGUUUUUUCAAGCAGCACCUAUCGUGACUGGAAGUUCGGAAUGUGUUUCCCCGGGGAAUAGUAGCGGUUCUGUAGCAAACAUACCUGGUCUAUCUGGACACUUCAAAGAGCGCAGACAGCUGGGAAGCAACACCGCGGGAGCAGCCCAACAAGGAAGCCCUCGAUGCUGCGGUGACUGUGCGAUCAGAUUUCCUGACGUGCACGUAUAUUACUUUCGAACCGCAAACUCUACCAAUACUUGGUGUGAGCAAUACCUGUCCUCAACACCACCGGCUUCAGCAUAUGGAACUAUCCUCGGAGGAUUAGGCUUUACACCAACAAGCUCUCUCGUACCUGCUCAAGCUCCAUUUUUCUGUUUGCCGACCCCUGCUCAGGCAGAAGCUGGAUACUCACAGAUCACGCAACCGGCAGUUCUCCCACUGCGGAAAAGGGACAAUCAACUAGUUUCUCAAACAGGAGGAGGCUCUGACCAGUAUCGGAAUGGUUCAGCCAGCGGUGUUGAUUGCGCUCCCGAGUCGAUAUAUGUCGUCAUUGAAAAGGUUUCCGCAAGAGAUGAUUGCGGGCUAGUAGGCAGCACUUAUACAAGCGUCACUUAUACAUAUGCCGAGGAAGAAUUUUCGAGCAUUCAGCCCAUUAUUAGUAAUACAGUUCCCUACAAUUUUGGGGAUCUGCCUUGUCCACCUCAAACGAUCGGAGACAAACCAAUUCGGGACGCCCUAAGGGAGCAGUAUGGAGGAAUUGACAUUUUGCCCCAGUAUGUCCGUACCUACAAACCGAAGAUACUCCCACCUUUCGAACAGAUCAGGGCUCUAGAUCCUGCUUGGGGUCAAUGUCAGUUCAUGAAACUUGGUAACGGUCUUGAUCCUCCUAUUGCCCUUACCCCAGCGUCAGCAAAUGCUCCUCCUGUAGACCCAGGGCUCUUUGCUUCGAAAUUUGGCUUCAAGCCUUCACCCACGAAUAACCUAGCCAGUGGACCUGGACAGCAGAAUACUGAACCCGGCCAAAAUCAAGAUAUUAGCCUCAAAGUUCCGGAUCAACCCCAGUCUUCACAAGAUCCUGGGGCGGGGGUAAAUCCUGUUGUCCAGAGCACGAAUCCCCAAGGCCAGACAGACCCUCAGGGCCAGACCAACCCACAGGGCCAGACCAACCCACAGGGCCAGACCAAUCCCCAAGGCCAGACAGACCCCCAAGGUCAAAGCAGCCCUCAGGGCCAGACCAACCCUCAAGGUCAGACAGGUUCUCAACAAGCUGGAGAUGGAGGGUCAGAUCCAGGGACACAAAAUUCGCCCGCUCAGGAAGGGCCGGGAUCCUCAGCAGGCUCUAAUCCUGGGACUUCUCCUGGGGUAGAAGGUGGGACGUCUCAACAGGGCACGAGCCCGCAGAAUCAGCCAGAUCCUCAACCGAACGGUAAUCCAACAGUCCAGUCAAACAAUCCUCAAGGCCAGCCAGGAUCUCAAGUACGGCAACCUAACAUAGGUCAGGGCGGUGGUGUAUUAGGCAAUGUGGCGAACAAUGACCCUCAAGGGUCCGGAGAAGCAGGCACUGGGAACUCUCCUGGCACUCUCGCACAGGAACAAAACUUACGUUCGAACCAGGCGGGUUCGCCAUUGGCAGCGGGUGGUUUGGUCCUCAACCCCGUAGAACCUACAUCUGAGUCUGGUUCCCAACCGGUCGACGGACAGAGUGCAAGCCCCGUAAAUCUUGUGGGCCAGCCGCAGAAUGCUGCGCAAGGUCCUGACUCCACAUCGGCAAAUGGUGGGUCUAAUCAACAAGGCCUCGUACAGAAUAAUGGACCAAUUCAAGUAGGUGGCCUCACUUUUACGCCUGUUCUGUCACAAUCGUCUGGGAACACAGGGAACGGCGGGGCAAGUCCACAAUCUGGUGCUUCCCCGAACUCAGGAUCAGCUGCCGGUCAAAAUGAUGGUAACAACAAUAAUGAUGGAGACGUUGGUCAGCAAGGAUCAAGGUUUCAAGCUGGAAAUACCAAUGGGGGACCUUCCAACAGCCAAGGACUUCCGAACGGACAAGACACGACAGGUGAUAGCACAGGACCAGCUGCAUUCUCCGUAGAUGGACAGCGUGUAGAGCAAGGUGGACCCCCCAUCACAGUCUCAAAUACUCAGAUUAGCUUGGGGCCUUCAGGACUUGUUGUAGGUUCAAAGACCAUUCCCUUACUUGGAUCGAAUCAAGCUCAACCAAAUCCCACUGCAUUUUCUCUCGACGGACAGACUGUACGAGAAGGCGGACCACCUAUUACGAUUUCUGGGACUACAGUCGCUCUAGAACCUAGUGCGCUAAUUGUGAAUGGCCGCAAAUUUGCUAGACCUUCUUCGGACUUGAUUUCAGCGGAAGGUCAAGUCUUUAGGCCAAUUGACAGCUCGGCUGUCUCGAUUGAUGGGCACACAAUUUCUAUAUUAGGGCCUGGUCUAACAUAUCAAGGCACGCCCAUUUCCUUGGUAUCUGGAGGGCUAGUUGUCGGCUCAUCAACUAUUCCUUACGCUUAUAAUCUCAAACUUCCUGGUGGAAAUGCCGUGGAUGCGAUGACGACGUCUUCACCCGAUCUAUACACUGUUGACGGCCUGACUCUGACAGCAGGGCCAACCGGACUUUCAAUAUCGGGAACUCAAGUUCCUUCGGGAGGCCAAGAAAUUACUGUUGGAGGAACGAAGAUAGCGCUCAAAUCCUCCGCGCUGAUUGUUGGGAAUAGUACCGUCCCUCUCGAUUCGAUCACGAGACUCAGGCCCGGUGCUACAGGCGUUAACGUUCCAUCUGUGACUACCAUACCUACUCCGACUACGGCAAAUAAUUCUCCCAUCCCUCCACUUCAUACCAAUUUGAACGAACGAGUCGCCUCAAAACAUUCCAACAUGCUUUCUUCCAGGCUCUUAGCAGUCCUAGGCACAAAUCUUUUGAUCAUACCCAAUUCAACAGCUAUGCUUCUUUAUCCAAGGAUCAAUCAAGAUUUCCAGGAAUUAGUCUCACGACAGCCGCAAAAUGAUAGUUUGGGCCAGCUUGGCUGCACUAACCCACAGCCAAAGGACGACCGUAUUGUGCCACAAGACUGCCAGCAAGCUAUGAAUCUACUUCUCGAAACGCUCCCACCUCAGAUGACACUGACAGACGACAACAACCUUGUGGACUCACCUACUACACAAUUCGUUCCCUUCGCUUUCUGGAAUGGCACUUGUGCUCUGGCAGUAUUCAUGGAAGGAUCUCAACAAAACGUCUCGAAAGACAUGUUUGCAGAGGCAGAAACUGAGAUUGUCAAGAAUUGCAAUAACGGAGGGACUAUAAAACCUGGCUUUCAAGUCCUUCACGAGAACAGCGUGAACUUUUUUCUCUGGGGCAGGAAUUCGUUGCUAGAUUUAGCCUUUACACAGAAAAUACCGUUAUUACCAGCGGCAGGCACGAGUGCACUUUGGCCUCUGGACGAUGACGAGUUUAAAAUCUACCCAGACUUUCGCACGCACUCAUGA